AUGUCUACCAGUGAUUCUACACCCAGCAUCAUUUCUCUCCCCGACUCCUCUUCCACCACCACUGCCCCCAAGAUGACCAGCAAGACCGUCAAAGUCGCCGCCGUCCAGGCCGAACCCGCGUGGAACGACCUGGAGGGCGGAGUCCAGAAGACCAUCGCCUACAUCCAGCAGGCCGCCGCCAACGGCGCCAACGUCUUGGGCUUUCCUGAGGUCUUCAUCCCAGGAUACCCAUGGAGCAUCUGGGCCAACUCGGUCGUCGACAACGUGCAGUUCAUGGACGAGUACUUCCAGAACUCGCUGGCCCGCGAGUCCGAGGAGAUGGACCGCAUCCGCGCCGCCGUGCGCGAGGCCGGCAUCUUCGUUGUUCUCGGCUACAGCGAGCGCCACAGGGGUAGCCUGUACAUCUCGCAGUCCUUCAUCGACCCCACCGGCACAAUCAUCCACCACCGCCGCAAAAUCAAGCCCACGCACGUCGAGCGCGCCUACUACGGCGACGGCCAAGCCGAGUCGCUCACCUCCGUCGUCGCCUCGCCGUUCGGCCGCGUCGGCGGGCUGAACUGCUGGGAGCACUCGCAGCCGUUGCUGCGGUACUACGAGUAUGCGCAGGACGUCGACAUCCACGUCGCGUCGUGGCCGCUCAUCUGGGGCAUCCCUCCCACUCAAAACGCAUCCGCGCCGACCAAGGAGAAGUGGCCGUGGCACAUCACGCCCGAGGCGUCGCAGCGGCUGUCGCAGGUCAUGGCCAUCGAGGGCGCGUGCUUCGUGCUCAUCGCGUCGCAGAUACUGACCGAGCCCAACCGCGAGAGGACGAAGUUGAAGGAGUUUGCGUACGCGCAGACGCCUGGUGGCGGGUUUAGUAUGAUUUACGGGCCCGAUGGGUCGGAGUUGGUGAAGCCGUUGGGGGCGGGGGAGGAGGGCAUUCUGUAUGCGGAUGUCGAUUUGAAGGAUAAGGACCUCGCCAAGCACAAUCUUGACGUCGUGGGCCACUAUUCGCGCCCGGACUUGCUGAGUUUGAGGGUGACGACGGAGGCUGGGACGCAGGUGCACUUCCGGGAGAAGCCGGCGCAGGCGUAA